AUGCCUCUGCUACCCUUCAUGCAUCUUAAUAUGAAGCUUUGGGGCACUUGGUUCCCAGGUGGUGAAAUUAUCCCGGGCAUUGUGUCCACAGCUGUGUCUCUGGCAGCCUCUCUUAGGACCCCCUUAAGGAAUUCUGCUAUGCAAAGUGUGGCUGUAAGAAAAAAAAAGGAGGGCCUGAAUAAAGCACAGCGUUUCUCUCGAAACCCGGUAGAAAGGGCACUAGACUGGCGAUCUGAAAACACAGAUGUUGGUCUGACGUUUACCUUACUGGUGGUGCUCAGAUCACUCAGCAGAGGGUCCUAUUUAGACGUGGCCAGGCCUGUAAAAGGUUUCCAGAUUAAGUCUUUCACAUCACUGCACUUCUUGUCAGAACCUUCUGAUGCUGUCACGAUGCGGGGAGGAAAUGUCCUCCUGAACUGCUCUGCAGAGUCUGACCGAGGAGUCCCAGUUAUCAAGUGGAAGAAAGAUGGCAUCCACCUCGCCUUGGGAAUGGAUGAAAGGAAGCAGCAACUUGCAAAUGGAUCUCUGUUGAUACAAAACAUCCUUCACUCGAGGCACCAUAAGCCAGAUGAGGGACUUUACCAAUGUGAGGCAUCUUUAGGAGAUUCUGGGUCAAUCAUUAGUCGGACAGCAAAAGUUGCAGUGGCAGGACCACUGAGGUUCCUCUCCCAGACAGAAUCUGUCACUGCCUUCAUGGGCGACACAGUGCUACUCAAGUGUGAAGUCAUUGGGGAGCCCACACCAACAAUACACUGGCAGAAAAACCAACAAGACUUGACUCCCAUCCCAGGUGAUUCCCGCAUAGUGGUCUUGCCCUCUGGAGCCUUGCAGAUCAGUAGACUUCAACCAGGGGACGUUGGAAUCUAUCGAUGCUUAGCCCGGAAUCCAGCCAGCUCAAGAAUGGGGAAUGAAGCAGAAGUCAGAAUCUUAUCAGACCCAGGACUGCAUAGACAACUGUACUUUCUGCAAAGACCAUCAAAUGUAGUAGCCAUUGAAGGAAAAGAUGCCAUCCUGGAGUGUUGUGUUUCUGGCUAUCCUCCCCCAAGUUUUACCUGGCUACGAGGAGAGGAAGUCAUCCAACUCAGGUCCAAAAAGUAUUCUUUAUUGGGUGGAAGCAACUUGCUUAUCUCCAAUGUGACAGAUGAUGACAGUGGAACUUACACAUGUGUUGUCACAUAUAAAAAUGAGAAUAUCAGUGCCUCUGCAGAGCUCACAGUCUUGGUUCCACCAUGGUUUUUAAAUCACCCGUCCAACCUCUAUGCCUAUGAAAGCAUGGACAUUGAGUUUGAGUGUGCAGUCUCUGGGAAGCCUGUGCCCACUGUGAAUUGGAUGAAGAAUGGAGAUGUGGUCAUUCCUAGUGAUUAUUUUCAGAUAGUGGGAGGAAGCAACCUACGAAUCCUUGGGGUGGUGAAGUCAGAUGAAGGCUUUUAUCAGUGUGUGGCUGAAAAUGAGGCUGGAAAUGCCCAGUCCAGUGCACAGCUCAUUGUCCCUAAGCCUGCUAUCCCGAGCUCCAGCAUCCUCCCUUCUGCUCCCAGAGACGUGGUUCCUGUCUUGGUUUCCAGUCGAUUUGUCCGUCUCAGCUGGCGCCCACCUGCAGAAGCCAAAGGGAACAUUCAAACAUUCACAGUCUUUUACUCCAGAGAAGGUGACAACAGGGAACGAGCAGUGAAUACAUCCCAGCCUGGGUCCCUUCAGUUUACUGUGGGAAACCUGAAGCCGGAAGCCAUGUAUACCUUCCGAGUCGUGGCCUACAAUGAAUGGGGGCCAGGGGAAAGCUCUCAGCCCAUCAAGGUGGCCACUCAGCCUGAGUUGCAAGUUCCAGGGCCAGUAGAAAACCUGCAAGCUGUAUCUACCUCACCUACCUCAAUUCUUAUUACCUGGGAACCCCCUGCCUAUGCAAAUGGUCCAGUGCAAGGUUACAGAUUAUUCUGCACUGAAGUGUCCACGGGGAAGGAACAGAAUAUAGAGGUUGAUGGACUAUCUUAUAAACUGGAAGGCCUGAAAAAAUUCACGGAAUAUAGUCUUCGAUUCCUAGCUUAUAAUCGCUAUGGGCCAGGAGUAUCUACUGAUGAUAUAACAGUGGUUACGCUUUCUGAUGUGCCAAGUGCCCCACCUCAGAACGUCUCCCUGGAAGUAGUUAAUUCGAGGAGUAUCAAAGUAAGCUGGCUGCCUCCUCCAUCAGGAACACAAAAUGGAUUUAUUACUGGCUAUAAAAUUCGACACAGAAAGACGACCCGCAGGGGUGAGAUGGAAACACUGGAGCCAAACAACCUCUGGUACCUGUUCACAGGACUGGAGAAAGGAAGUCAGUACAGUUUUCAAGUAUCAGCCAUGACAGUCAAUGGUACUGGGCCACCUUCCAACUGGUACACAGCAGAGACUCCAGAGAAUGAUCUCGAUGAGUCUCAAGUCCCUGACCAGCCAAGCUCUCUUCAUGUGAGGCCCCAGACCAACUGCAUCAUCAUGAGUUGGACUCCUCCCUUGAACCCAAACAUUGUGGUGCGAGGUUACAUCAUCGGUUAUGGCGUUGGGAGCCCUUAUGCCGAAACAGUACGUGUGGACAGUAAACAGCGAUAUUAUUCCAUUGAGAGGUUAGAGUCAAGUUCCCAUUAUGUAAUCUCCCUAAAAGCUUUCAACAAUGCAGGAGAAGGAGUUCCUCUUUACGAAAGUGCUACCACCAGAUCUAUAACAGAUCCCACUGACCCAGUUGAUUAUUAUCCUUUGCUUGAUGAUUUCCCCACCUCGGUCCCAGAUGUCUCCACCCCCAUGCUCCCACCAGUAGGUGUACAGGCUGUGGCUCUUACUCACGAUGCUGUGAGGGUCAGCUGGGCAGACAACUCUGUCCCUAAGAACCAAAAAACGUCUGAAGUGCGACUUUACACUGUCCGGUGGAGGACCAGCUUUUCUGCGAAUGCGAAAUACAAGUCAGAAGACACAACAUCUCUGAGUUACACAGCAACAGGCCUCAAACCAAACACAAUGUAUGAGUUCUCGGUCAUGGUAACAAAAAACAGAAGGUCCAGCACGUGGAGCAUGACUGCACAUGCCACCACAUAUGAAGCAGCCCCGACCUCUGCUCCCAAGGAUCUGACAGUCAUUACUCGGGAAGGGAAGCCUCGCACUGUCAUUGUGAGCUGGCAGCCUCCCUUGGAAGCCAAUGGGAAAAUUACCGCUUACAUCUUGUUUUAUACGUUGGACAAGAACAUUCCAAUUGAUGACUGGAUUAUGGAAACAAUCAGUGGUGAUCGGCUUACACAUCAAAUCAUGGAUCUCAACCUUGACACUAUGUAUUACUUUCGAAUUCAAGCACGGAAUGUUAAAGGAGUGGGGCCCCUCUCUGAUCCCAUCCUCUUCAGGACUCUGAAAGUGGAACACCCUGACAAAAUGGCUAAUGACCAAGGUCGCCAUGGAGAUGGAGGUUAUUGGCCAGUUGAUACUAAUUUGAUUGAUAGAAGCACUCUCAACGAGCCACCCAUUGGCCAGAUGCACCCCCCACACGGCAGCGUCACUCCUCAGAAGAACAGCAACCUGCUCAUGAUUAUUGUGGUCACCGUUGGCGUCAUCACGGUGCUGGUGGUGGUGAUCGUGGCCGUGAUUUGUACCCGGCGUUCUUCAGCUCAGCAGAGAAAGAAACGGGCCACCCACAGUGUUGGCAAAAGGAAGGGCAGUCAGAAGGACCUCCGGCCUCCUGAUCUUUGGAUCCAUCAUGAAGAAAUGGAGAUGAAAAAUAUCGAGAAGCCAUCAGGCACUGACCCUACAGGAAGGGACUCCCCCAUCCAGAGUUGCCAAGACCUCACGCCAGUCAGUCACAGCCAGUCAGAAACCCAACUGGGGAGCAAAAGCACUUCUCAUUCAGGUCAAGACACAGAAGAAGCAGGGAGCUCCAUGUCGACCCUGGAGAGGUCACUGGCUGCACGCCGAGCCACCCGGGCCAAGCUCAUGAUUCCUGUGGAUGCCCAGUCCAACAAUCCUGCUGUCGUGAGUGCCAUCCCUGUGCCAACCCUAGAAAGUGCCCAGUACCCAGGAAUCCUUCCAUCGCCCACAUGUGGAUACCCCCACCCACAGUUCACCCUCCGGCCUGUGCCAUUCCCUACACUGUCAGUGGACCGAGGUUUCACAGCAGGAAAAACAGUGAGCGAAGGACCAACGACUCAACAGCCACCCAUGUUGCCCCCAACUCAGCCUGAGCAUCCCAGCAGUGAGGAGGCACCCAGCAGAACCAUCCCCACAGCCUGUGUUCGACCAACUCAUCCACUCCGCAGCUUCGCUAACCCUUUGCUACCUCCACCAAUGAGUGCAAUAGAACCGAAAGUCCCCUAUACACCGCUUUUGUCUCAGUCAGGGCCUACUCUUCCCAAGACUCAUGUCAAAACAGCCUCUCUUGGGUUGGCCGGAAAGGCAAGAUCUCCUUUGCUUCCUGUAUCUGUGCCAACAGCACCUGAAGUGUCUGAGGAGAGCCACAAACCAACAGAGGAUCCAGCCAAUGUAUACGAACAGGAUGACUUGAGUGAACAAAUGGCAAGUUUGGAAGGGCUAAUGAAGCAGCUUAAUGCUAUCACAGGCUCGGCCUUUUAA